UUUGAGGGAAAAUCCAAACAAAGUCGACGGUGAACCCUUCCCCUCUUGGCCUCCUUCUUCCCGAGAUGCAUCCGCCAUUGAAACUCCGUUGAUCUCUCUUUGAUUCCCUAAAUUCUUCACUCUUCCCUUCUCUUCUAUAUCGAAACACUCCUCUUCGCCUUCACAAAACCGUGCUUCCGAAUCAGAAGCAUUCGCUUCCUUUACAGUUCCAAAUCGAAAUCUCCCUUCUGAGAUUCCAUGGCGGUUUGGCGUAUAAUCACUCGUUCGUACCUCAAGUACGCAUCAACACAACUAACCAGGAGCUACAGCCAAGUAUGUCUUGCUACCUCCCUCACUCACGCCGUGAAGCAGACAAAGUUGUCUUCUUUCGACAUCCCAAAUUCAGACAUCUCUAGAAAGCCUUCUAAUCUCUUCGAAACUGUCAGGUUGUUUGCCACGUCAGCUCAGAGAAGGAAGCAAGAAGAGGAAGUUGAAUCUGAUGGUCCACGUCUUAAUGAGAAGAUUACUGCCGACACUGUUAGAUUGGUUUCAGCGGAAGGACACUGCAUUGUAUCAUUGAAGGAAGCACUCAGACGGGCUAAGGAGCUCAAGCAUGACUUAGUUGAGGUCCAGAGAGAUGCUAACCCGCCAGUGUGUAAAAUUGCAGACUACGCCCAUGAGAAGUACAAAAAGGCUCAAGUAGGAAAGGAGCGUGCUAAGGCCAAGCGUGCUGAAGUAACCAUUCGACCUGAGGUCAAGGAAAUUCGAUUUACUCCAAAGAUUGAUGCAAAGGACUUAGAGUUCAAAGCAAAACAAGCAACGAAACUUAUGGAAAGUGGAUACCGUGUGAAGUGCCAUGCAGUUCCUGACAAGGACAAGAAGAAGGAGCUUGAACCAGAGAAGCUGCUUGAGUUAUUAUCUCGCUUCACUUGUUAUAUUGGGGAUGCACUAGUGGAGUUUGGGCCAGAGGCGGAUAAAGGGAACGCCGUUGUGGUAGUUAGACACGCCAUGUUUGGACCGCCCAAGAAAGGAAAGGCGAUUAAACUGAAGGAUAUGAACAUAAAAACUGCAGCCAGAAUAAAAGAUGAUUCACCAAAGCUUGAUAGCUCAGAAGCUGAUGAUGAUGAUCAGGGAGUAGUUAUAGAGACACCUGAACCAGUUAAACUCCAGAACAGGUAUGCAAAAGGUGAACCGAGCAAUGACUUCUCAGGAGGUAGAGAUGCAAACCGGUUUGAACCUCAGGCUCCAGAACGUCCUCGGUUCCAAAACCAACAACCCAAUGGGCGGUUCGAUCCUCAGUCUCAAAACCAGCCUCCAGGUCCACCACGGCCUCGGUUCCCUAACCAACAACAACCUACUGGGAGGUUUGAUCCUCAGUCUCCUAACCAGCCUCCAAGUCAAACACACCCUCGGUUCCCAAACCAACAACAUGCUGGGCGGUUUGAUCCUCAGUCUCCAAGCCAGCCUCCAAGCCUGCCUCCCAGUCCACAACGGCCUCGCUUCCCAGACCAAGCUCCAAAUCAGCAACCUCCUGGGCCAUCUCCACCUCGAUUCCAAAACCAGUAUCCAAAUCAACAAGCUACAGGUCGGUUUGGAGUCCAGCCACCAAAGCCGCCUCCCCGAGCUCCACCACCACCACGUCCACCAACCCGGUUGCCAAAUGAAACUUCGAACCAACAACCUGCAGCUCCUGGAAGAGCUACGGGUGAGGCUCCUAGUUAUGGGAUUUUCAGCACCUCAAAUACGAAGUAGGACCAGCCUAUUUAAAAGAAACCCGUAGGAUUUGAAUCUUUGUGAUGCUUUCCUUGGGACUCAUUAUUUUAUGUAUAACUAAUAGUCCAAUAAUGCAUACACUUGUACCUCUCAUUCAAUUUGUUUUGGUCAUCUUUGAACAAGAAAGCUUGGAACCAUUUGAUUCCAUAUAAAAUAUAAUGAGUCACUUUUA